CUCUCUCUCUCUCUCUCUCUCUCUAUCUGUCUUUGAAAGGAAGAAAAGAGAAAUGUCGAAAUCUCCAGAGGAAGAACACCCUCAGAAGGCGUUUGGGUGGGCGGCAAGAGACUCUUCUGGAGUCCUCUCCCCUUUCAAAUUCUCUAGAAGGGCCAACGGCGACGAUGAUGUCACGCUCAAGAUUCUCUACUGCGGAAUCUGCCAUUCGGACCUUCACUCCGUUAAAAACGAGUGGAGAAAUUCUGUCUACCCCUUGCUCCCAGGGCAUGAGAUCGUGGGUAUAGUGACCGAAGUGGGGUCCAAGGUAUCAAAAUUCCAGGUUGGAGAUAAGGCAGGCGUCGGGUGCAUGGUUGGAUCCUGCAAAUCAUGCUCCAGCUGCAAGCAAGGCUCGGAGAAUUACUGUCCCAAGAUGAUCUUCACCUACAAUUCCACAUACCACGAUGGCACUAUGACGUACGGUGGAUACUCAGACAUGCUGGUGGUCAAUCAGAACUUUGUGAUCCACUUCCCCGAGAGCUUGCCACUUGCUAGGGGCGCACCGCUAUUGUGCGCCGGGGUUACAGUGUACAGCCCAAUGAAGUAUUACGGGCUCAAAGAGCCAGGCAAGCAUCUAGGAGUGGUUGGGCUCGGUGGACUCGGUCAUGUAGCAGUUAAGUUUGCCAAGGCCUUUGGUUUGAAGGUCACUGUAAUCAGUACAUCCCCCAACAAGGAGAAGGAAGCAAUCGAACUACUCGGUGCUGACUCAUUCCUGGUCAGCUGUGACCCGGACAAGAUGCAAGCUGCCAUGGGCACCAUGGAUGGUAUCAUCGAUACGGUCUCGGCGGUCCACCCAAUCGUGCCGUUGAUCAGCCUGCUGAAGACUAGUGGGAAGAUGGUUAUGGUGGGUGUACCGGAUAUGCCUCUUGAGCUACCGGUAUUUCCUCUGCUUUUAGGGAGGAAGACCGUGGCCGGAAGUCUCAUUGGAGGAAUCAAAGAGACCCAAGAGAUGAUUGACUUUGCUGCCAAGCACAACAUCAAGGCGGACAUUGAAGUUAUUCAGAUGGACUAUGUGAACACGGCCAUGGAGCGGCUCGCCAAGGCAGACGUACGAUACCGGUUCGUCAUCGAUGUGGGGAACACCUUGAAAGCUCCCCAGCUAGGGAGUCACAAACUCAAGGAUCUCCCUUCUGAAAACAUGUUGACGACUCCAGCAGAGCACCACUCCCAAGAUGUCAUUGGUUGGGCAGCCAGAGAUACUUCCGGAGUCCUCUCGCCUUUUAAUUUUUCCCGAAGAGCCAACGGCGAAGAUGACGUGACAUUGAAGAUCCUCUACUGCGGCGUCUGCCAUUCAGAUCUUCAUUUCAUCAAGAACGAAUGGGGAACAACCAUCUACCCCAUCGUGCCGGGGCAUGAGAUCGUAGGCGUAGUGACUGAGGUGGGCCACAAAGUAUCAAAAUUCAAAAUAGGGGAUAAGGUAGGGAUUGGUUGCAUGGUUGGGGCCUGCCACAAUUGCCAGAGCUGCGACCAGGGCCUGGAGAACUACUGCCCCAAGACCAUACUCACCUACAGUGCAGUCUACCAUGAUGGAUCGGUCACAUACGGCGGAUACUCCGACAAGAUUGUCGUCAACGAGCGGUAUGCGGUCCGCCUUCCUGACAACCUGCCACUUGAUGCAGCCGCCCCACUAUUGUGUGCCGGGAUUACAGUGUAUAGUCCAAUGAAGUAUUUUGGGCUCACUGGCCCGGGUUUGCAUUUGGGUGUAGUUGGACUCGGUGGGCUCGGUCAUGUCGCAGUGAAGUUUGCAAAGGCUUUUGGGACCAAGGUUACUGUGAUCAGCACGUCCAUGAGUAAGGAGAAGGAAGCGAUUGAGCGACUCGGUGCUGACUCGUUCUUGGUUAGCCAUGACCUGGAGUGUAUGCAGGCUGCCAUGGGCUCUAUGGAUGGUAUACUUGAUACAGUCUCUGCCGAUCACCCGAUCCUACCGUUGAUCAGUCUGCUGAAGUAUCAUGGAAAGCUCGUUAUGGUUGGCGUGCCAGAAAAGCCGCUCCAAAUACCAGCUCUACCCAUAAUUUGGGGGAGAAAAACCUUCACAGGAAGUACGACUGGAGGGCUGAGAGAGACACAAGAGAUGAUCGAUUUCGCCGCAGAGCAUAAUAUCACAGCUGAUGUUGAGGUCAUUCCAAUGGACUACAUUAACACGGCGAUGGAGCGACUUGCUAGAGCCGAUGUCCGGUAUCGAUUCGUCAUCGACGUGGCGAAUUCCUUAAAGACUCCAUGACACUAGUCACAAGUUUGAAUUGUAUCAUAUACAAAUUCUUCAUUGUGACUGUUACGAGCUUGAGCAUAUUACUAUAGUUUGGAGAUGCUGGAUGGAUAGAGUUUUGAGUUAAACUUGAAUUUCGAGAUUUCUUAAUAGGAGGUCGUCUGUUCUAUGAAAUUCUAGAUUAUGAAAGUUGCA